CAAGGAUUCGGGAAUGUUCUUACUGUGAGCCACAGUAAACUGUAGUUAGUUCUACCAGCUAAGCGAGUAUAGAUAUAUCAUAACUAUUAUAAGUAACAAAAUCAACGAUACAAACGAUGGCAGAAGACACAGUGGGUAAUACAAGGCUUCAUGUUGGAGAUAUCAUAGUUAUAACAGUUUAUUUUCUUUUCGUUCUAUUUGUUGGAUUAUGGAGCUCACGCAGAAACAGAGGAAGUGCUGGUGGUUAUUUCCUUGCCGGAAGAAACAUGAACUGGAUCCCGAUCGGUGCCUCUUUGUAUGCCAGUAAUAUUGGAAGUCUGCAUUUUGUUGGAAUGGCCGGGUCAGCAGCUGCUUCGGGCAUAGCUGUAGGAAAUUAUGAACUAAACGCUAUAUUUGUGUUAUUAUUGUUGGGAUAUAUAUUUCUGCCAGUAUAUAUUGCAUCCGGGGUUUUUACUAUGCCUGAAUAUUUACGUCGACGAUUUGGUAGAGAAAGAAUCUCUGUAUCUCUUGCGGUAUUGGCCUUAUUAGUGUAUAUCUUUACUAAGAUAUCGGCUGAUCUUUAUGCGGGUGUUAUAUUUAUACAACAGUCAUUAAGAUGGGAUAUGUAUGGAUCUUUAAUCUUAUUGUUAGGUAUAGCAGCGUUAUUCACUAUCACAGGUGGUUUAACGGCUGUUAUAUGGACAGAUUUUAUACAGACAGUGAUCAUGUUAACUGGAGCCUUUGUAUUAAUGAUAAUAAGUUUUAUGGCAGUUGGUGGUUUUGAAGCUAUGGUGGAAAAAUAUCCUUUAGCUAUAGCUAAUUCUACUCUAGCUAGUAAUUAUACCAUGAAUACUACAUGUGGUCGUCCCAGGGAUGAUUUCCUCGACCUAAUGAGAGAUCCUGUAAAAGGAGACAUACCCUGGCCUGGAUUAAUAGGCGUGGUCAUCAAUUCUAUAUGGUAUUGGUGCUCUGACCAGGUUAUUGUACAGAGAACUUUAGCCGCUAAAAAUUACGAUCAUGCUAAAGCUGGGACCAUUCUCUGUGGCUUCAUCAAAUCAUUUGGAUUGUUUUUUCUUAUAUUUCCUGGAAUGAUUGCUAGAAUCUUAUACACGGAAUCUGUGGCUUGUGCUGAUCCUGAUGUUUGUAUGGAGGUUUGUGGAAGUAGGGCAAGUUGUGCAAAUGUUGCUUAUCCACUACUUGUUAUAAACUUACUACCAGCAGGUGCAAGGGGGUUGAUGUUGGCGGUUAUGCUAUCAGCCUUAAUGACGUCAUUGACGUCUAUAUUUAAUAGCAGUAGUACUAUAUUCGCUAUGGAUAUAUGGACCAAAAUUAGACGAAAAGCGUCGGAAUUGGAAAUCAUGAUUGUGGGCAGGGUAUUUGUAUUAUUUUUGGUGGUUGUAAGUAUAGUGUGGAUACCAGUACUACAGGCAUCACAAGGUAGUGAUCUGUAUGUAUAUAUACAGGAAGUUUCUAGUUUUCUACAACCACCAAUUUGUGCCAUCUUUUUACUUGGUAUAUUUUGGCCCAGGCUUAAUGAAAAGGGAGCAUUUUUUUCUCUAGUAAUUGGAAUGGUAGCAGGACUAAUUAGAUUUAUUAUACAGUAUUCAUACACAAUUCCGGACUGUGGUGGUCCACCAGAUCCAACACCAUCAAUUGUAAAAGACUUUCAUUAUCUCUAUUUCUCUUGCUUUCUCUUCCUGUUGACCGUUACCGCAGCCAUUGUUAUCAGUGUCCUUACCAAACCUAUAGACAAACGAUGUCUAUACAGGUUAACCUGGGAAACUCGCCACAGUAAAGAAAAAUGUUUAGAUAUAAACAGGUGGCACAAAGAAGAACUAGAAAGUCCUGAAGUAGAUAAAGUUCAGGAAGAGGGCGAUUUAAAGGUUUCAGAUACUGAUGAUGUUUUCCUGGAAGGUGAUUCAGAAGCCCCUGCUGUUGAGCUCACACAUUUUGCUCACAUGAAAGAUCUAGCUAACCAUUUAAUGCACUCCCACGGAGAUUCAAACACCAAGUCCGUAAACAAUGACGAGGAGAAUGGAUCAGUGAAAAAAGUCGAUGGUGUUCAUCAAGACGACAAAGCACCAGUAACAGAAAAAUCGGUCUCCGUCACACCAGAUGAAUCAAAAGAUGAGAUUGUCAUCAAAGACACGUUACCAAUUCAUAAGAAAAUUUUCAACUGGGUGUGCGGGAUUGAUGAAGACUCGAGGGAAGCAUUAUCCAGUCAUACUGUUAUCCAGAACGACAUGAUAUCGAUAAAGGAAACACUUAAAUGGAAAUGGGGAACAAACCUUGCUUCUAUAUUUUUGAUUGGAACUGCUUUAUUUUAUUACGUAUACUUUUGGUAAAUUACUUAUCAUUUUGCCAAUGUAACAAAAUGCAAUUGUACUUCUAUAGUUUGUACGCAAACUGCCUUAUUGUACAACAAAAUUAUAUUUCAAAUAUACAUGUUGUUUUAUUUGAUUAUAAGUCCCGGAUAAUUGAUGUGGACUGGUCAAGGAUUGCUCAGAGAUGAAAUGGAUAUGAUGUACGUCGUAUAAGGGAUUGUGGUUGUUUCUUAAUAUGGAUUGGGCUAAUUUUACAGAUAUGUUUAGUUUGUAUUAGGUCUGUAUGACAACUUGUUGCAGCAACCACCGCGUAAAUUAUCGCUUUGUAUGGUAAACGCAAUGUUCCUAUAUUAUGCUUAAAGAUGGUUUCAUAUUAUAUGGAGAUGGGAGGAAAGUGACUCUAUGAAAAGUAAUCUUUGUUUAUAGAAAUUUGAUUUUAAAUGGACAGUAAUCUUACUUAGAAAAGUGACUAUAUGAAAAGUAACCCUUCUGUAUAGAAAAUUGGUUUAGUAAUCUUUCUUGGAAAGUCACUAUGUGAAAAGAAAUCUUUCUCUACAAAAAAAUUGGCUUAGUAAUCUUUCUCGGAAAGCAGUCUUUCUUUGUAGAGAAUUGAUAUAGUAAUCAUUUUUGGAAAAGCGACUAUGUGAAAAGUAAUCUUUCUUCGUAGAAAAUUGAUAUAGUAAUCUUUCUUUGAAAAGUGACAAUAUCAAAAUUAUCUUUGUAUAUAGAAAUUUUAUUAUAGAUGGAAAGUAAUGUGUAACACUAUCUUAGUAUAACAGAGAUCAGUUUAGUAAAUACAGCAUUACAACGGGAACAGAAUAUCACACCACUACAUAAUUACAACAGCAAUACAGGUACUUAAACUAUACCGGAACUAACUACAUCAGGAACUAGACUACGACCGUAGUACAUAUAACUAUAUUAAAUCCACCAUUCUACCCCUCUGCUAAGGCAGCGGCUGAACUCGGGUGAGUCCAUACACUCGUCCAAGCUCCUCUUCUGCUCCCCGCUCUUCUCUCCUGCUUAUAUAGCGUACGAUAAUUAGGGAAAAUGGACAAGAGUGAAUCAUCAUAUAUGGUAUUGUUUAUUUAUCAGAUUAUGGUAUCUGUAACUGCACUGCGUAUUUCUUUUGAAGUCAUGAAGUUCUGCCGAGUGUUACACAGAUCAUGUGUAGCUUGUAAAGGACAUAUUGAAUUAAUUACAUGUUUAAUAAGUCCGUGCCUUAACAGAAGUUUAUACAGAGGUGAAACGUCAAUAUCAUAUAGUCAAAACUAGCAGAGGUCAUGAAGUUCUAUGCACUAAUGAUCGGUCAAUUUGAAUAAAGGUAUAGAUCACUUUGUCACAAAUGUUGCUUAGAAAAGUGACUAUAUGAAAAGUAAUAUUUCUUUAUAGAAAAUUGAUUUAGUUAUCCUUCUUGGAAAAGUGACUAUAUCAUAUGAAUAUUAAUCUUUCUUUAUAGAAAAUUGAUUUUAAAUGGAAAGUAACAUACCAAGAAAACUUAUUAUAUAGCAACGUAAUUUUACUGAGACAUCUGAUUAUUUAGAAAGUAAUUUAAUGGGUGAUAAGUAAUUUUACUCAGGAUAUGAUUGGGAAUGUAUAUUUUGAUAUACACUAGUAUAUUGAUUUCAGUAUUCAAUGUAGAAACAAUGUAGUGCCAAUUAAAAUUUAUUUUUUAGUGAUUUUCAUAUGAUUGGAUUUACUCUUUUUAUGUUUUGUUGAUUCAAUUAAAUAAACAAUGCAUAACAUAUA